AUGUCGGACAGGGUAGCUCCCAAUCUUAUACCUCCGCGCACAAGUUCUACAGGUGUCACCAAGCCCGCGGCUGAAGAAGAGUGGUUUGCUUCGUCUGCUAGAAGAUCUUGUCCUGGAUCUAUCGGAUAUCAGCGCGGAAAACCAUUCUCUAUCCGGAGAGGAAAGCCCGCUGAAGGCAUGUGGACAGCAGGGAAAGAGAAUAUUGUGCUGGGGCCGUACAGCUAUACGGUUAACCAGCCCGGCAAGGAUGUCCGGGGACAGCUGAUCGCAGCGUACAAUCGAUGGCUGCAGGUCCCUGAGGAAAGCCUUGCGGUAAUUACCAAAGUUGUCGUGAUGCUUCACACCGCUUCGUUGCUUAUUGAUGAUGUUGAGGACUCUUCCCAUCUUCGCAGGGGAGCGCCAGUCGCGCACAACAUCUUUGGCAUCCCACAAACUAUCAACUCUGCCAACUAUGUGUAUUUUCAAGCCCUAGACGAGAUUCAGAAGCUGAAAAGUCCUGAAGCUAUCAAUAUCUUCGUCAAGGAGCUUAUGAACCUGCACCGUGGUCAAGGCAUGGACCUCUACUGGAGAGACACCUUGACCUGCCCCACUGAAGAAGACUACCUAGAAAUGGUCGGCAACAAGACCGGCGGUCUAUUCAGACUGGCUAUCAAGCUCAUGCAAGCGGAAAGCAGUGUCCCUAUAGAUUGCGUACCCCUUGUUGACCUGAUGGGGUUGAUGUUUCAAGUCUGCGAUGACUAUCUCAACCUUUCCAACCCAACUUACAGCAAAAACAAAGGCCUAUGCGAAGACUUGACGGAAGGAAAGUUUUCUUUCCCUGUCAUUCACAGCAUUCGAGCCCAGCCCGAAAAUCGCCAACUUAUCAAUAUCCUCAAACAAAAGACCAACGACAACGAGGUCAAGAAGUAUGCUGUGAAGUACAUGGAGAGCACUGGGAGCUUCGAGUAUACCCGCAAAGUCGCAAUCGAACUACGUGACAAAGCAUUUCUCCUGAUCGAUGAGUUAGAACGUACCUUUUCACUGAUACCCAGCCAAAGCGAAGCAAACGGAGAGGCUGGAAGUGGCAGUUUGGUGCGUGCUAUCCUCAAUCGAAUCAUUGACCCCGUCUUGAUGGACUGUGGGGAUAAACGAACAUCUUCUGAACACUGA